CAGACGCUCCAAAGCCUCCCUCUGUGUCAGUGAGUCCCUCUGGUGAGAUCAUGGAGGGCAGCUCGGUGACUCUGACCUGCAGCAGUGAUGCUAACCCAGCAGCUAAUUACACCUGGUACAAGGAGAACCGAACUCUGCUUCAAGGACCAGAGGGCGUUUAUCGUCUCUCCUCCAUCAGCUCUGGGGACAGCGGGGUCUACUCCUGCAAGUCUGAGAAUCAGUACGGACGGAUCAACUCCACGUCUCUACACUUAGACGUCCAGUACGCUCCAAAGCCUCCCUCUGUGUCAGUGAGUUCCUCUGGUGAGAUCAUGGAGGGCAGCUCGGUGACUCUGACCUGCAGCAGUGAUGCUAACCCAGCAGCUAAUUACACCUGGUCCAAGGAGAACCGAACUCUGCUUCAAGGACCAGAGGGCGUUUAUCGUCUCUCCUCCAUCAGCUCUGGGGACAGCGGGGUCUACUCCUGCAAGUCUGAGAAUCAGUACGGACGGAUCAACUCCACGUCUCUACACUUAGACGUCCAGUGUGAGUAGAAAACAUCCACAUAUCCAUGAAACCCAGCACUGUCUCGCAAUCUUACAGAAAGUUCCUGGGUCCGCCCCCUUAUCUGGAUUCACACCAAACUUUACUGAGUUCUUCCCUGACCCGUACCUCAUCCUACCUUCAAGUUUCAUGCUAAUCGACUCAGUAGUUUUUGUGUAAUCUUGCUUAAAAUCAACAACCAACAAACAAACGGGCUGGGGUGA